AUCUAUGUGAAGAAUAAAUUUCAUGAUAUGGUAUCGACACAAAGGUACUUACAAUGUAUGUAGUAUAUUCUACGAUGGUCUUUAUAUACAUAUAUAUCUAAGGGAAUUGUAUCGAGUAAGUACUUCGCAGUACUUACACAUCGUUUGGUGUCGCGUCAUUAUAUUCGAAAAAAUGGAAAAUGUAGGAAAGAUCAUAAUAGUAUGGGGCAGAAAAAAAAUCGAAAUUCCGGAUGUGAAUCUGGACGAUACCGUUCGCGGUUUGAAAAUACGAAUACACAAGGAAACUGGCAUUCUUCCAAAACAUCAAAAACUUUUAAACCUUCGAACCAAAGAUUUCACAUGUUUGAAACCAUUUAAAAGUCCGUCAAGUGUCUGUUUACCAAAUAAAACAUCUCAAGAUGAGGAAAUCUUAAGGAACUUGGGCAUGAAAUCUGGGUUCAAAAUAAGGCUGAUGGGAUCUCGUGAAGAGGAUAUUGCUAAAGUAUGUCAUGCUCCAAAAGACUUACCUGAUGUAAUUAAUGACUUUCAGACUGAAGAGGAAAAGUUGGAUAUAGAGAAUGUUAAGAUGUGUUUAUUUCAAAUUCAAUUUAGAAUCGACUACUACAGGUUUGUAGAAUUAAAUCCAUUCAGAGAAGGAAAGAAACUACUGGUGCUCGAUAUAGAUUACACCAUUUUUGAUCACAAUUCAGCAAUGGUUCUGCAAGGUGGUGGUGGGGAAUUAAUGCGUCCCUUUCUUCAUUAUUUUUUAAUUAUGGCUUAUCAAAAUUAUGAUAUAGUAAUUUGGUCAGCAACUAAUAUGGAAUGGAUCAAUAAAAAGAUGAAAGUGCUUGGAGUUUCAAAUAAUCCUUAUUAUAAGAUAGCAUGUCAUCUUGAUGCAAAUUUUAUGAUUAAUGUUCAAACAUCAAAAUAUGGUACUAUCACAGCAAAACCACUUGCUGUUAUUUGGGGAAAGUAUAAACAAUUUUCUGCAAAAAACACAAUAAUGUUUGAUGAUAAUAGAAGAAACUUUAUCAUGAAUCCACAAUCAGGAUUAAAGAUAAAACCAUUUAGGCAUGCAUAUAUUACUAGAAGGAAAGACAGGGAAUUGUUAAAAUUAUCUCAAUAUUUAACACUGAUAGCAAAAGUGGAUGACUUUCAGACUCUUAAUCAUAGGAAAUGGCAAGAAUAUAUAAUUGACAAAACCAAAGAAGAAAAAAGAAAUAUGGAAGAAAAUGAAGGAAGGAACGAGUAAAUCUUUUUUUUUUGUUUUUGAGAAUGUUAAAUGUUCGUUAAAUUUUAUGAAUUUUUUUUAUUACUCAAGAGGAUACAUUUUAAGUAAAUCUAUCGAAUUUUGUGAAUUUAUCGGCAAUUAUUUAAAUUUAUUCGGAAGAAAAAACUUGUAUAGAAAGGAUAUCUUUUAAAUAUUCUUCCAUGAACUAUAUACGACGAUAUUAAUAAUAAUAACGUUUAAUCGUUAUGCGCAUAUUUUCACACGCUUCUUUGUAUUUAUAAUGUACUUAUCAGUUAUUGUGAGACAUAUAUAAAAUGUAAUCAUUGAUUACAUAAAUAAAUCUUGUGUAUUUCAAAUAA